AUGAAGGUCACCGCCAUCCUCAUGCUCACUGCCGCCUCGGCCGUCCUCGCCGCACCGGCCUCCGCUCCCGCGGAUCCUACUCCCGUCCCUGCUGCCGUUGAUGCCUACGCCGACUACGGAAAGUACACCUACGAGAAGUACGCAAGCUACGGCGACUACGGCAACGCGCCUCCUCCCCCUCCCCAACCUACCAACUACGGAAUCUAUGCCGGCUAUGGUACCUACAAGCGCGCCUUGGACUGGAUCAAGUCCAAAUUGGAAUAA